ACGGCGCCUAAUAAAUUAUUCUACUCAUUUCCCAGCUAUGCUAUUCUUUCCUGAAGCACAGUUUCCACUUUGCUUUGAUAUUUAAUAUUUUCACAAAUCCAUAAUAAUUCAGUGGUAAGUCAGUGACAUGAAAAUUGAAUAAACUAGAUUUACAUGUCUGUAAAACCCGAUAAUUUGUUGGGCAUUUAUGUUUUGCAGCUUUGCUUUGAAUCCAGCCAUACUUGGUCUUCAAGAAUACGUGGGUUAUGCAUAGUCUAUGAUCUUCUCAACAGACUAGUUGUACCAGGAAAUGAACGAUAUGCAGGAAAACAGAAACUACAUCCAGCUCUUCUAAAACAAACUGUUGAAUGAAGGCAUUGCAUGAUAUACAUGCCAGCUUUCCAAAACAUUUGACCUGGUCGAGAUAUUUUGAACGAUAACGCUUUAUAAUCAGAGUUAUUUGUGUGUCCAUGAUGAGCCUGCCCAGCCUACCCAGCCUUCCUCCUACACCAGCUGAGAACCCAGACUUUGUCAGCAUCAAGGAGGCAGAGAAAUACAUCUGUAUUCUGCACAAUGGGGUGCUGAGAAAUGCCAUGCAGACGAGCUGUGGACACAGGUUUUGUGAGUCCUGUAUCCACACAUACCUCCAGUCAGGAGACUGCCUCCUCUGCCCCGCUAAAGAGGAAGAUUGCGUGGAAUUAUGCUCAUCGGGGAAAAACCAAAAUAAUAUAUACCCAGACUCCUCUGCAAGACGGGAGAUUCUUAACCUGAAAGUUUAUUGUCAGUAUAAGAAGUUUGGCUGUAAGAAAACAACAGCAUGGAAAAACUUACAAAAUCAUACCGAGAGCUGUUCUUUCAAGCGAGUCAGCUGUAGCAAUGGAUGUGGAGAUUUUGUGGCCCCAGACGCAAUGGCCAGUCACCUAGAGAACGAGUGUAGUAAGAGACUGGUGAACUGUAAAAACUGUGGGAUAGAUGUGGUCUUUGAUACUUAUCAGGUAUGCUUUUCAUCUGAGUAUUGUUUGUGUUGGCGUUUUCCAUACCAAUGUAAUUGUCAGCCGUACACUGUCUCAUUGAAUGUGUUCUUGCUUCAGAGGCACAUAGAUAAUGAUUGCCCAGCCGUAUUGAUAAACUGCCCCUACAACUGCGCUGUUAAACCAUUUCAAAGGAUGCAGUUACCACAACAUUUAAAAGCCUGUCCCAAUAAACCUAAACCUUGUAAAUUCCAAUCAGCUGGUUGUAAGUUUGAGGGUAGUUCGGAUGCUGCUGUGAGGAAGCAUGAGGCUGAGAAUGUGCAGGCCCAUCUGGAUCUGCUGACCAUUCACUUCUCAUCCAUGGAAAUGGAAAAUUUGGAGUUUAAGGAUGUUGUGAAGGGGCUAACAGCUCAGAAGACUACUCUGGCAGAACAGCUUCAGCGACAAGUGGAGAAGAACCAGGAACUGACAACACAAGUGUCAAAACUCCAGACAAGCAACAAGGAAUUGCAGAUACGUAUUGUAACAUUAACAGAACGUGUUAUUACUAUGGAACGAAAGUUGGGAGAUUUUGCUAAGAAGGAGGAUGUAGAUAAAUGUUCAGAGGAUGUGAGUACCAUUCAAGAGACCUUGCUGACGUAUGAUCAGCGUAUCACAGAAGUGGAAUCUACAGGUGGGAGCCAAAGCUUCUCUGCGACCAUGGGAGGGACUGAAGGAGUGCCAGGUGAUUUGAGGACAAAGUUGGCUAGACAAGAACAGCAGAUAGGCAUCCAAGAUGUUCGUCUAGCAGAGAUGGAUAUCCGCUUCCAAAUCUUAGAAACAGCCAGCUACAAUGGACAGUUGAUGUGGAAGAUCCGCGAUUACAAGCGCCGCAAGCAAGAGGCCAUCAGUGGCAAGACUAUCUCCCUGUACAGCCAGCCCUUCUAUAUGCAUCGCUUCAGCUACAAGAUGUGUGCCCGCGUGUAUCUCAACGGAGAUGGGGUGGGCAAGGGAUCUCACAUGUCCCUUUUCUUUGUGGUUAUGCGGGGUGAAUUUGAUGCUCUCUUGGAAUGGCCUUUUCACAAGAGAGUCAACCUUAUGUUGCUGGAUCAGCAAUCGCGAUGCCAUGAUCUGUCUGAUUCCUUUCAAACAGAUGUUAACAGCAGCAGUUUUAAACGACCAGCCACAGAGAUGAAUGUAGCCAGUGGCUGCCCCAUGUUUGCCCCACAGUCAACAGUGGAGCAACCCCCUUAUCUUGUUGAAGACACUAUUUUUAUUAAGGUCACAGUUGAGGAUCUCUCCUAAUCCAGAUAGCAUGGCGGGCUUGUACGUAGAGUCCCAAUACUGGCCCCUUAACUCUGGAAAGGUGAUCUUGCAUGAAAGGACUCCAAGUGAGCUGAUGUGGUUGUUGAGGCAGUGUGAUCAUGCUUUCUUUCCGUCCGCCAUGCUUUGCAUUUACUUUAAUAGGACUAACAGCCUAUUUCAACCUCGUUAUCAAGGGGAUGUGAACAGACAUAUUCUUCACAACAAAUUUGAGGCCCAUUCUUGCUCUUCCAUGCUUGUUGUAAACUUCAUGCUUUUCCAAACAAUUGCCGACUUACUAGGUUGUCGUUUGAAUGAGCAAAAGUUAGGUAAAGUUGGUGGGUUUGAUAGAAGGAAUAGAGAGCUUGGCCUUUAUAUUUCAUCAGAGGGAGGACUUUUUUGGAUAGAUUUAGCUGUAUAUCCUGUCAGGAUGGGGCCUUAUUUGUCAAUUCUGCACUUA